UGUACCUGAAAAAUAAAAAAAUUCUUUGCAACAAAAAGAAAAAUGUCUCUAUUCGUGCUUGAUACUUCAGGUAAUCAAGAUUUACUUGCAGCAGAUAGACUAGCAAAGCCAAAAUAUGAAAACUCAAAAAAGCGCCAAUUAUUAAAGGAGUCCUCAGGUUUGGGCCUGGGUGAUUUUGCAGCCGAAUUACAAAGCGAAGAUAAAAAUGAGGAUAAGGAAGAAUAUGAUUUCUUUGGUCUUCCCCCACCCAGUGUGGACAUUUCGAAUAUCAUUGAAAAUACUUUAGCAGUGACACGUAAAUUGCCCUCAAAGAUGGAACAAGAUAUGGACCAUGUUAUGCAAAUGGCAGAUGAUGCUUUUGUAAAAAAAGAUCAACGUAAACCUAGACUAAAGCGUUUGGUCGAUAUGGAUCAUUCCGAUUUUAAUGAAAUAACGGGAAAGCGUGAUGAAGUACAAGUGUUUAAAAGCAGCAUAGAGAAACAAUUAGAAAAUUCGGAUAUGGUGCCAAAUUUAGAACAACUUAAGGAAUUACCCAGCAUAACACAAAAGAGACAAAGAGAAUUGAAUAAGGUUGAACGUUCCAAAACCAAGGGUAAAGGUUGGUUUGAUAUGCCAGCCACUGAACUGACCGAGGAAAGGCAAAAUGAUUUGAAAAUCUUACAGAUGCGUUCUGUUUUGGACCCCAAACAUUUCUACAAGAAAAACGAUUUAAAAGUUUUGCCCAAAUAUUUCCAGAUUGGUACCGUACAACAUUCUCCUUUGGACUAUUACAAUGAGCGUGAUACUCGCCGCAAUAAGAAACGUACUCUAGUGGACGAACUGCUGGCCGAUACGGAUGCCCAAAAAUACAUUAAGCGUAAACAUAAGGAAAUCAUGAUAACAAAACAAAAGUAUGCCCACCGCAAGGCAAUGAAUAAGAUGAAGAAACUAAAGAAAAAUAAAUAAUUUUAAUUUAACACAA